AACCUAGACUUCAAAUUUCGAAGUAAAAACCAGUAAUUAUCCAUCAAAUCAAGAAUUAGCAUUGGAUUAAUUGCUCAUCUCAAACAGUAAUUAUCUGCUAAACAUAUAAUCAAUGACUUCCCACCUUCCUCCAGGUAGUAAUAGUAACGACAAUAAUAAGGGAGUUGAUCUGUGGUCACAAAUCAUAGCAGCCAAUUCAUCCGAUAAUCGACAGCAGACAGUCGUUUACAGACGUAAAAACCCCGAAAAAGAAAGCCUAAUUACUGCCACGAAGGAGGCGAGUGAUAGUCAAAAUAAUCGGGUUAGCUUGGCUCCAGGGAAACGUAUCAGUUGGAACCGUUCCCUUUUCACCAGAGGGCGGACAAGUAUUGCAGUUGCUGCGUGUGUUAAUUAUGGACCUGAGAAGGAGAAAAGGAUAAGAAAAAACAAACCUCCGCUUGCUAAAGCAAAGGGGGCACCACCUCAAAACUAUGAUAAGGAGCGUGCGUAUUUUCAAGAGGUUGACGCCUAUGAGUUAUUAGAGGAAAGCCCCUCACCCCAAAAAAAGACUUGGGUUAUGGGCACCAAAUACUCUGAACUCGAACCACAUUUAAAAUCCAUGGUUAAGAAAUGGUUAAUAUCAAGGCAAAACCGCAGUUGUGGAUCCUCUCUUUCGCUUUCCAGGAUCUUGGAAACUCCAGAGAUAUCCAGGAGUUCUGUUUAUAGUAAUGCUUUGGAUUUUACAAGUUUAAAAACUUCUUUAGAUACAAUAUCCCGAGUCAAUACAGGUGUAAAAUCCAGUUCGAGUUUGAAUCCUGUUGGUAGAAUUGAAGAAAUAGAAAACGUGGGUAGAAAAGAUCCUGAGGAUAUUGAAUCUGGUAUUCGUAAUCUUUUGUUAUCAUCACGACCAUCUUUUCUGGAUGAGUCGUUAUUGGCCUUGUUAGAAAUUUGUGGGCAGUCUUUUCCAUCCACAUUUUCAGAUGUGCUUACUCAGUUUUGUGACCUCCAAAGUAUAGCCAAGGUAGGUGAAGGUACAUAUGGGGAAGUUUUCAUUGCUGGUGAAACUGUUUGCAAAGUUGUUCCAUUUGAUGGUGAUUCAUUGGUAAAUGGGGAAUGUCAAAAGAAAACUGAGGAAUUACUUGAGGAAGUUAUGCUUUCUCUGACCUUGAAUCAGUUAAGGGGAAUUGAUGAUAAUAUUCAAAAUGUUUGUCCUACGUUCAUACAGACGUUAAGUUUAAGAGUAUGUGAUGGUACUUAUGAUGACGCUAUGAUAAGAGCAUGGGAGAAAUGGGACAAGAAGCAUAAUUCACAGAAUGAUCAUCCUUCCGAGUUUACUGCAAACCAGCGUUUUGUUGUGUUUGUUCAAGAACACGGUGGGCAAGACCUGGAGAGCUUUGUGCUUCUGAACUUCAAUGAUGCACGCAGCUUGCUAGUUCAAGUUACUGUUGCUUUGGCAGUGGCAGAAGCUGCGUUUGAGUUUGAACACAGGGAUUUGCACUGGGGGAAUAUUUUGGUGAGCCGAAAGGGCACUGAAACAUUGCAGUUCAUUCUUGACGGAAAGAAAAUGCAUGUUAAGACAUAUGGACUUGUGGCAUCAAUUAUUGAUUUUACACUCUCGAGGAUCAAUACAGGGGAAGAUAUUCUGUUUCUGGAUCUAUCCUCAGACCCAGGACUUUUUGAUGGUCCGAAACUAGAUAUACAGUCGCAAACUUACAGGAAAAUGAAAGAAGUUACAGAAGAUUAUUGGGAGGGGAGUUUCCCCAAGACGAACGUGCUGUGGUUGCAAUACCUGCUUUACAUUUUGAUGGAAAAAAAAGUUUAUGAUCGUACGUCUAAGGAGGUGAGGGAGUUACGUGCUCUAAAGAAGCGUUUAAAUGGCUAUCAGUCUGCGAGAGAAUCAGUGGCUGAUCCUUUUUUCAGUGACCUAAUUGUUAGUGAUUGAAGUGAUGUUUAGCAAGAAGAAUACUAACAUAUAUAAUUAUGAAAGGUCCAAGACAUUUUUGACCUUUUUGUUGUGUUAGCUUCUAAAAGAAUGUCAAGAAAGUAAUUUGAAAAAGAUGGUAUUAUGUA